AUGGUAUCUCCUGCAAAACUUAUCUGUAGAUCACCACUAAAAGAAACAGAUGCAAAUCUGAAACAAACACUAAUAGCGCCUCCCAAAAUCCCAUCUACUAAUGAUAUAGCAUCAACUAAAAAAAGGUCCUUGGAACGUUUGGAACAACAAGAGCUGGAAAGAAAACGACUAAAAGUCGAACGUGCAAGAUCCAUCGAAGGUGCUGUUCAGGUUAACAAGGCCAAAGUCAUUAAAAAGGUUGAAAAUAAAGUCACGGAUGAAGAAUUGGCAGAAUGGCAAAAGAACUGGCGAAAAAUUAUGAAAAGAGAUUCUAAAAUAUAUUUUGAUCCAACAGAUGAUGUAGAUAUUAGCAAAGUAGGUAGAUCGAAACUAUUGAAGAAAAUGGAAUUAUUAAAGAAAGCUUUUUGUUCAUUAGAUGCGGAAAUUACAUCCUUCUUUGAUUCAACUGUCACAAUUGUAAUUACCAGAAGAUCUACAGACAAUUUACAAAUUUUGAAUGAACAAGAUCUGCUUCGUAGAGCCAAGAGAAACUAUAUGAAAGUAUGGGGUUAUGAUAAGGCUGUGCGGUUUUUGAGAAAUCUAGACAUUGAUAUCGAUAAUCUUCAAUCAAAUAAAGAAGCCCUAAUGGCAACCCCAACAUUGUCAAAUUUGCUACAUAAUGAGAAAUUGUACGGACCAUCUGAUAGAGAUCCAAAAACACGGAGAGAUGACGUUCAUUAUUUCAAAUAUUCCCAUGUUUAUAUGUACGAUAGUUGGCAAUUAUGGGCGCCAAUCGUUAUUUUGGAAUGGAAACCACAAGAUUUAGCCAAACUGGACGAGCUGCCAUAUCCCACUUUGAAAAUGGGUACAUUCGGAAGAUGUCCAUUCAUUGGUGACAGAAAUUGUGAUGAACUUUCUUAUAAAAGGACGAUUAAGAGGUACAAUCGUGAUAAAAUUAACAAAAAAUAUGCAUUGGUAUUACGUCAGCUAUAUCAACAUCAUGCGAUCCCCGUAAUAGAAGACAAGCCAUUGAUUUCCCUCUCACAUAAUUCUCUUGAUUCGAAAAGAUUAUUCGAGAAAUGGCAAAGGAAGUUGACUACGCAAAUAUCGGAACCACAAGAGGAAAAGAAGUUAAGUAACAACAAAACUAAUACAUGGAAGGAACCGAGCCGUACUAUUCCUAUGUUGAAGCAUCCAGCAGCUGUUCUUUUAUCUAGGCAAGAAACUGAAGAGUUCCCCGAUGAUUUAUGUUCAACGAAAAGGCAAUCACGAAUUACAUAUGAAAUCAAAGCGAGUGGAGUCAACCAAUCCAACGAUGCUGCAACAUCGUUUGGUAAUGGGCUAGGUCCAACAAGAGCUACUGUGAUGAGCAAAAAUCUCCAGACUCUAAACAAGCUAGUUGUCGAUAGAAAGUUGGGCACUAGAAAACAUGCACAAAACUCAACUAAAACUACUCCAAUUGUAGGCACACCUUUAAGUAAUCAAGUGAAGAACGAAAAAUCAAUGGAUGAACUAGGAACAGCGACUGGACCGGUUGAUAAAGUGGAGCCAAUUCCAAAGAAGGAACCUGUGAGAAACUCAGGCUAUUGUGAAAACUGUAAAGUCAAAUAUGACGAACUGGAACACCAUAUUGUCUCUGAAAAACAUUUGGCAUUCGCACAAAACGAUUUGAACUUUGAGUCCAUUGACUGUUUGAUUGAAAAAUUACAAUUUCAAUUUUGA